CGCCUGCGGGCAACUGCGACCUCGACGCCUUCGAAUACCGGCAUAUCCUGCCGACGACGGCCUCGAUCGCUCGCCACACCACUGGACAAGUUCGUGGAUGCCCACAUAAGGCUGCGCGCGACACUGGCGGCGGCAGAGGCGUGCAUGAGGGACGGCACAAUCCUCGACGAUCUACCCACCACGCAGUGCGCUUUCACUGUCGACGACCAAGCGCUCAACUCUUUGCGCAAAAUCCGCGCUUGACUGCGCACCUCCACAUAGGGCAACUGCCCGACAACCGGCACCACUGCGCCGCACGUGACCAUGUCUCUCGACCAGAUUCCCCCGGCGGCCGCGCAAGCGAACGACGCAGACGACGAUGAUCUGGGCAAGCUGCUUCAGUCGGCGCAAGUUGGUGCUGCGACAGGUGGAGAAGACUUCUUUGCCUCGUUGAACGACCGCGAGCUCGACCGAGGAGAGAAGGCAGACGACGCCAUCGACUACGAAGACAUCUCCGACGAUGACUUGCCAGAAGAGGAGUUCACGACAGGGAACGGUGGGGUUUCGAGUACACAAAACUUCAGCGGAACUACGCUGCAAGACUCUGGCGAGAGCUUUGAAGAUGGCGGAGAUGACAUGGACGAUUUAUUCGGCGACGGCCUCUCGAGCCCUGUACAAGAACGUGCGCACCACCACGAGGACAAGCCAGUCGACUCCAUCGAAGAUCUGAUCAGCGGAGCGCAACCGCAUACUGCCAAGGCUGGCGAUGGGAGGCCGCAGUCGGCCUCGCAGAAUGUUGCUUUCGGUGCUACACAGCAGGACGAUGAGGACGACGACCCAGAGUGGCUCGAGCAGAAGCGUCUGUUUGAGCAGGCGCGCGCUGGCAAGGAAAACGAUGGUCCAGACGCCCCAAAGACAUCGAGAGAGGAGUUCGAGAAGAUGUGGCCCAACUUCGAGGAGAAAGUGCCCCCUCGCUUUUUCAGUCUAGUACCGCGCAACCGCGCCUUCUAUAUCCCUAAAGUACCACAGAAGCAGCCAAAGCUCAUGCCCUUCACCAAGGCUAGCCUCGAGAUUGCAGUGGACCAGGAGAAGAGCUUUCGAUUGCCUGCGGCCACACCUACGACCGGAUCAAAACGCCAGCUGGAGGAAGAGCAGAGCAGCCUCAUUUAUAUCACAAGAGUCGCCGUAGAGGAGCAGGAUAGUGACGAACAGACAGAGCUAGACAACCUCGAUCCGCUUGAUGAUCGUGAGAAGAUCGGCAACGUCUCCUGGGGUGAUCUGAAGAUUGCUUGCGAAGACUGGGAUGUUUUGGACGACGAAAGCACUUCGGACGUUGAUCAGCUUCUGUCGCCUCCAGGUACGAUACUAGGCGACGAUGAUGCCGACUGGAUACGCAGCCUUGUACCGUCCAAGAAGCGCAAAUUAGGCAGUCGAGAAAACCCUGUCACAUUCUCGGUGUACGACCACAUGGAUCUCCCAUCUUGGGAUGACCCAGAGGCGGAGACUGCAAAGAUUGCAAAGAAGAUCAUUCUGGACAUGAACGACCCACAUCUCCUGCUGGAUAUACAGCAACCAAGCGCGGAGCCACCUAAACCUCGAACAACUGGGCUUGGCCUCAAGCGCGACAAUCGUGGCAGUCUUGCAAACCCCAUGUUCAAACGUUACAAUAUCUCCAACGACGAGGCGUACGAUGCGCUCAAGGAGAGCAGCCAGCAGAAGGUCCGCAGCACGAUUGGUCACAUGAAUGUCGAGCACAGCUUGCCCGCGUUGAAGCUACAAUAUCCCUUCUACAAGGUCAACCUCAAUGACCGCGAGCUGCGAUCUUUCCAUCGCCCCACGAUCGACUUCAAGCCUGGUGAGCGAGCUAGCAUCUCAGCGCUUAAAUCCGUCAAGCGGAAGCACAAGAAGAACCUCAAACCGUCAGAAGCAUUCGCCACAGCUGAGGAUCUUAACGUCGGCGACAACUCAGAUCUUCUGCUUGCUGAGUACUCCGAAGAAUAUCCAACAACGCUGUCCAACUUUGGAAUGGGCAUCAAGAUCCUCAACUACUACCGUCGCAAAGAUAUGGAAGAUACUGCACGACCGAAGCGCGAAGAUGGUAUUGGAGAGACCUCAGUACUCUUGCCUCAGGACAAGAGCCCGUUUUCGCUGUUCGGUCAAGUUGAGCCUGGCCAGGAAGUACUUACUCUGCACAAUGCCAUGUAUCGAGCACCAGUCUUCAAGCACACACCAGAGUCGACCGAUUUCCUUGUCAGCAGAAGUACUACUGGUGUUAAUGGCAAGAAGUACUACAUGCGAAACAUCCCCAACCUCCUCGUUGUCGGCCAACAGUUCCCUUCAGUCGAAGUGCCAGGUACGCACGCACGCAAGGUCACCGAGGCUUCGAAGAAGCGUCUCAAAAUGCUUUCUUUCCGUAUGUAUAGGAGAGGCGAGCAGUACAACAUCAAGCAACCCUGGGUCAGCAACGAGAUGAUCAAGCUGCAUCUUCCGGGCACUGAGAUUGCACAAAAUCGAUCCCGUAUGCGAGAAAUCAUGAAGUACGACAAAGACCUUGGCACCUGGAAACCACAGGAGGGCGAGACAAUUCCGGACGAGCCCACAUUGCGCACUUGGAUCAAACCUGAGGAUGUCUGUCUCAUUGACUCUAUGCAUGCUGGUGAUAAACAGCUUCAAGAUUCUGGUAUCAAGUCGAACGACAUCCGGGACGAUGAAGAAGAGGCGGAAGGCGAGAAUUCGGCAGUCAAACUGGCACCCUGGAACACCACAAAGAACUUCCUGAACGCGUGUGCUGGCAAGGCCAUGCUGGAAUUGCAUGGUGAGGGCGACCCUACUGCACAAGGCCUAGGCUUCAGUUUCAUCAAGGUCUCUAUGAAAGGCGGUUUCCGAGACGUCGGGCAGAGUGCAGCAGAUCAAGUCAAUGCGAAGAAGCAGAAGGAACUCAGUGGCCACAGCUACAACGUCCAGCAACAGCAAGCAAUGUACGAAAACGCGAUCAAGCGCAUCUGGAACAAACAGAAGGAAAACCUCUCGGCUACAAACCCGCCCGAGGAUAUGGAGGAGGAUGUGGACUCCGCCGCCGCACGCAACGCAACACGUGGACGUUCUGAAAUGGGUACACCAGCCCUCAUGCGUGGCGACGACGAUACCAUGAGUCAGCUCAGUCGCAAUAGCAAUGCGGAGACCCAUGGCAAGAAGUUACGCAUUACACGUACCGUCAGAAACAAAUACGACGAGUUCGAAGAGCAGGUGGUAACAGUCACUGAUCCUGAGGUCAUCAAGAUGUACAUCAAGCGCAAGAAGCAGGAUCGCCUGAUGAACAUGCGCCUUGACGACAUCAAGCCCACUGGCGAUCCAGAGUACGAUCGUCAACAGACAUUGAAGCUCAUGGCUGAGCUGAAGCGUCUGGAGCGCAACAUGGAGCGUCGCCAGGGCCGCGAGAAGGCCAAGGGUCAGUCAGCAGAUGGAGGAGGUCCCGGCAAGGGCGGCGCAACACCGAGGAAGUGUGCCAACUGUGGUGAAGUCGGCCACAUCAAGACGAACAAGAAACUUUGCCCGCUGCUCAAUGGCCAGAAGAAGCAGAGCGAUACCUUUAAGGAUGCGUCUGCUGCAACUCCUAUACCUGCCACUCCCCAGACCGCCGGUUCGCCGCUCUAGGAUAUUGGUGUAGCUCAACGUCAGGACAGUCCCAUUAAUGGACGUCUCCAUUAGCAUUUCCAGGAAGGAAUUUGGUUUUUUUACACAUGCAUAGCAUCGGCGUUGGUGGUAUCUCAAAUCCGGGUGCAUCACGGAUCAAGGUCCACGGAUUUGGCGCGUAUGACACCAAAAUACUGUCAUGGCGUCCAGCAUUGCAUAGGAACAAACCGUUGCUAGAUAAAUG